CCUUCAGAAUCCAGAUUCAGAGUUGAAAGCUCGCAUUUGUCUCUGUUCGACAACUUCCUCGAUCAUCUCCAACUCCGACCUGAUUUUGCGGCUUUUGCUUCGAGAAUCCGCCGAUCAUGUCGAAGGUCGCCAUUUUGUCUCUUGCUUUAUCUCUUUUCGUCAUCUCAACGAUUGCCCGAGCCACCGAUGUUUAUUACUGCGAUAACAACUCAGAGUAUGAUGUGAAGGUGAAAGGGGUCGACAUUUCGCCUUAUCCAAUCGCCCGAGGCGCCCCAGCAACCUUCAGUAUCUUCGCCAACACAGGCCGUGCAAUAUCGGGUGGGAAGUUGGUGAUUGAAGUUUCAUUCUUUGGAUGGCAUAUCCACUCCGAGACACAUGAUCUUUGUGAUGAGACAAAUUGUCCUGUGGCAACCGGAGAUUUCGUUGUCUCACACUCUCAAGUUCUUCCCGGAUUCACCCCACCCGGCUCAUACUCACUUAAGAUGAAGAUGCUUGAUGCACACAAGAAGGAGCUAACAUGCAUCAAGUUCUCUUUCGACAUCGGAUUCACAUCAUCCGUGGCUGACAGUUAAGCGAAAUCGACGGUUAUUCAUUGCCCUGUAUAAUAUAUUGUCAUUUCCUUGAUCAAAACUGUUUCAUGAAAAUCAAAUCAGCUUUUAAGAAGUGCCAAACCUGCUACAUCAGUCAUUCUUGGACCGGUUAUGAUCCAAUUUCCCCAAGGAGCUUGUUCUUUGGGAUGUGCCAUAUAUAUUUGUAUGUUCUGCUUCUUCAAUCAAAACAAGACCAAAAUCCUAUUCUUGUUUCUAGUUUGA